CGCGUGGUGGAGGGACCGCGCAUGCGCACUGAUUCGUGCAGUACAUGGCGUCGUUAGCUGAUUAGCAUGUUGUUGUUUCUCUUUUAUAAAACAUGUGUCCAGAACUGAACGAGUUCCUGCUUUAAACCCGGCCGAGGACAACAAUCCCAAGUGAUCUUUUCUUACAUUUGAUGACGGGGAGUGGAAGAGAAACCGAGACAGAAUGAAUCAGUUAGAGAAUGUGAAAGAGGAGGACGUGAAGGAGAAGAGGAACAUCAACGACUCAGAAUCCGCGAAUAAUAACAACAAUAACCCGAGAAAGACAGUAUCCCCGGCUCCAGGUGAACAUCCUCUGCAGUAUAACUACACGUUCUGGUACUCGCGCCGGACCCCCAGCCGACCUGCAAACACACAAAGCUACGAACAGAACAUCAGACAGAUGGGCACCGUCGCCUCGGUGGAACAGUUCUGGAGGUUCUACAGUCAUUUGGCUCGUCCUGGAGAUCUGACGAGUCACAGCGACUUCCACUUAUUUAAAGAGGGAAUUAAACCCAUGUGGGAGGACGAAGCCAAUAAGAACGGGGGGAAGUGGAUCAUCCGCCUGCGUAAAGGUUUGGCCUCGAGGUUCUGGGAGAACAUUAUCCUGGCGAUGUUGGGAGAGCAGUUCAUGGUGGGAGAGGAGGUGUGUGGUGUCGUCGUCUCCAUACGCUUUCAGGAGGACAUCUUGUCCAUUUGGAAUAAAACAGCCAGUGAUCAGGUGACGACGUCACGCAUCAGAGACACACUACGGCGGGUCCUGAACCUUCCACCUAACACCAUCAUGGAGUACAAAACACACAAUGAUAGCCUCAAGGAUAACUCCAGCUUUCGCAACACAAAGAUCGCAGUGUGAUGACUGACCACACACACACACACACACACACACACACACACCAUCAGGAAGAAGCUCCGCCCCCUCCAGGACAUUCCAUUUUUGUGGAAAAAUGUUUUUUCCUUUAAAUGUACAAUAUAAUAAAUGUCUUUACUUACA